CCUGUAGGUAGAUUGACAGGCAUGUUCCGAUCGCUUGGUGCUGUAUGUGUUGCUUGACUUCAUGUGGUCACCACGGUCCCCAGUUAGAGGAAAGGCGCGAAAGUUUUGGACUGCAGAUACCAAAAUUGCUUUUCUGGCGGUUUUAUCUCGCAUUGUGAUCCUCACCUUUUCAGUCCUUCUUGAUCGCGCCAUUCCUGACCACAAUCCUGAUGCAUCGGUGGCAAGACCCCCUGACGCCUUGGCAUUGCCACCUCAGCUAUUGGCAUUUACUCGUUGGGAUGCUGCACACUUUCUCCAACUUGCGCAUUUUGGAUACCAAGAGGAAAAGGAUUUUGCCUUUUUUCCUUUUUUGCCUUUGGCUAUAAAUGGAUUAGCACGUGUCCUGCAUGUGCAACUGUCUUGGGGCUUUUCCCUGUUGCUCUCCGGACUUUUAAUUACAAACGGAUGCUUUGUGCUGUCAGCAUGGCUACUGUUUCGCCUUGGCCUUGCUGUGUUGAAAGAUCAAAUCUUGGCAUUCAAUGCGGCUCGUGUGUUUUGCCUAUCUCCAGCGAACAUCUUCUUCAGCACGAUCUACACGGAGAGUCCAUUUGCAGCGUGUACCUUUGGAGCUCUGUUGCUUCUUCACAUGGACCGUUUCUACUUUAGCGCAGUGCUUUUUGCCAUUGGGUCAGGUCUACGCUCCAAUGGACUGGUUAACAUUGGCUUUCUCGCUUGUCAUGUACUCGUUUCCACUUUGAAGCAGAUUCGACAAGCAAAUUCUGCUUCUUUCAAACCUUGGAACCGUGCAGCAUUGAGAUUGAUGGUGGGAGUCAUCGUAGUGUUUUCUCCGUUUAUUGCUUUUCAGACAUUUGCAGUUUGGAAGGCGUGCGAUCGUGACGGACAGCAAACUGUUUGUGACAAGGGUCAGGAGCAAUGCGCAGUGAGUGCCGAACCUCCAAGCUGGUGUCAGUAUAGCAUCCCCAGUGCUUACAGUCAUAUUCAAGCCAAGUACUGGCAAGGUGGAUUUUUGCGAUACUGGCAAUUGAAGCAGAUCCCAAACUUUCUUUUGGCCUUUCCGGCACUGAGUUUGACGGCAGCUGGUGUUUUUUACCUUUUCAUGGACUUCGUGAAGGAGCUACAAAGAGAGGCCGAUAAAAAGGGCUCAAAGCAGUCCACAUAUUUGACUUGCGUACUGGUUUUGCAUGUCGCUUUGGUUCGAUGCCCUCUAUUUCCUCACGCGGUGCAUUGGGGCUUCUUGGCAGUGUAUGUAUUUUUCUUUGCCAAUGUCCAAAUCUCGACCCGACUUUUGGCCUCUGCCUGUCCAGUCUUCCAUUGGUUUUUGGCAUCUUUGGUCUUUGACCGCAGUCAAUACUUUCGUCAAAAGCUUUUGCAGCUAUACAUUGGGCUUUACAACUUGCUUGGCGUCAGCAUGCACGUGAACUUUUUACCAUGGACGUAGGCCUCCUGGGGAAAA